CAGCCGCCAAGAGGAGCAGAGACCAGAGACCGUGAGGGACGAGCUUGAUCCGGGACGAACUGCUGCGGAAAAACCCGAGGCAGUGAACCAGAAACAAACGAAGAAGAAAAAAAAAACGGAUCACUUUAUAAUACCGGCAUACCCCUCCACACACACACAAACACACAGAACCACACACACACACAGACAGACGGUGACAGUGCGGAAUCCAUGAGCGUCAGACACACCGGUGCGUAAAGUUGUCCUCCGCGCUCUUCUCUGUGGACGUUACCCGGUUACCCACGGUUUGUGAUUGGAUCGCGGUUUUCCCCUGAGCUCCGGGUCCCGGUCUGGAUCUUACAGCCCAUCAUAAAGUCUUUGUCUGUGGAUGGUAAGGCUUCACGCGGAGCGCUGCCCGGACUCACUGUGAACGUGCCACAUGCGCGUUGGAGAAAUGGAUCUGCGUUUGCUAUAGCCAAGAUUUGCCGCGGUUUUUUAAAAUAUUCCUUUUUCCUCUUCUGACUGUGUGUGUCAGUUGCUGUCAGAUCUAUUCACUUUUGGACGAGCGCAGACAUUCAGGACUCCUCUUGCGGAAUUACAACCAUGAACUUUGUUGUCACUUUGGUACAAAUCCUUUUGGCAGCGGUUCACCUAUCCACUGUAAAGACUGCCAGCAUUAACAAAGGCCUGGACAAGAGUAAGAAUGAGGUCAUCCCUCUCACCGAGGUCAUCAUUAAGAGCAUGUGUCAGCCCCGCGAGCUGCUGGUGGACAUCUUCACCGAGUACCCCGAGGACACUGAACACACCUACCUCCCCUCCUGCGUCGUCCUCAAACGCUGCGGGGGCUGCUGCAGCGACGAGGCCAUGGAGUGCGUCCCGACGGAGACGGGCAACGUCACGCUGCAGGUGAUGCGCUUCAGGCCGAUGGUGACGCAGCACCCCGUCGAUCUCAGCUUCACAGAACACCAAAAGUGUGAAUGCAGACUGAAGCAUGACAUCCCUGCAAAGAAAGAAUACCACUGUGCACCUUGCUCAGAAAGGAGGAGGCGCUUGUUUGUGCAGGAUCCUCUCACCUGUCAAUGCUCCUGCAAAUUCACACAGUUAGACUGCAAGUCACGGCAGCUUGAGUUAAACGAGAGGACUUGCAGAUGUGAGCGCCCCCGGAGGUGAGACCGCCACACUGUAAUAAAAGGAACUUUCCUCUGCACAGCACUUUGAAACGUGACGAUGCAUUCCCCUGCAAAGACACAAAAACGACGACGCGCGAGAGAGAGAGAGAGAGAGAGAGAGAAGGGACUGUGAGGACGCGGCUCUCCAACUGUCUGUCUGACGCCUGAAGAUAUUAAUAUAUAUGUACAUAUAUAUACACGUACAUCGACAAUGUGUAUCGCUGCUACAUGAAACACGACUCUAUUUAAAGCAAAACAGUGCGCCGCCGGCGUGUGAACGCGACCUGCUCAUCUGUGGAAGAAAACCGUAAUUUGAGUGUAACAUUUCACUGGAUGCUGGACGCUGCAGAGAGGAGGAAAUAUUAAUAAGACGACUCGCCUCCCGGCUCUGACGGAGAACGAGGAGGAGGAGGAGGAGGAGGAGGAGGAGGAGGAGCUGCUGAAGUUACAGACUUUUUCCCUCUGUGACAUGAUGUGAAGUUUUGUCUCUGCUGGAUGAGAAAACACUAAAAAAACUGACUCUCAGAAGUGAUGGGGGGGACAUUGGUUACCAUGGAGACGGAAAAUGUGAAGCUUACCUUUUGGGGGGUAAAAAAAACCGAUUCCUGUUAGUGUUUUUAAUGUGGUUAAUGUUGGAGAGUCAAAAGGUUACAGGUAAAGAGCCACUUCUUGAUCCUGGCUCCGCCCCCCUUCAUGUAGCCCCUCCCUGUUUUUGGGGCAACAGAUUUGUGUUUUUUGUGCACAGUUUUUUUUUUUUUGUUUCCCUGUGUGAGGUGAAAUCACUGCAGGUGUACACAGAGAAAAACCCGACAGGCUGAUCUCAGACCAGAUCAGUGUCUUCCUUAUUUAACUCUUUGUGUUCCAAAGAACGACCUGUGUGCCGCCCGUGACGACCCCCCCCCCCCCCCC